CCAGCUUCGCCUCCUCGCUUCCCUGUGACGUCGUUUCUAAUUUCCACCAUCGGGAACUUUGCAGGCACAGCAGCAGCCGAGGCCUUUACUGGGCAUCAGUUUUAAAUCACCGGCGAUUUUCCUUUAGGUGUUUGUUGCGCCAUGAGACCGCGUUGGUUAUAAAACAUGUAGUUUCCUCCGCUGCUAGCCAGGGCCGCGGGGGACAUGCUAACAGUUAGCCUAACUGAAGCGCCGGAUCGGUUGAGCUCGAUGCGUUGGCCAGUGAAAAUGCUUAACGUGUGUGUGAAAGUACAUACACUUGACUUUCAGGUUGUCUUUGGAAGAUAUAUUCAUGAUUGGCAAGCGAAUACAGCGGCAGAUGGACGUUAUUUUGAUACCGCAGUUGGCUAAACUGCGUGCUAGCUUGCUCGUUAGCUUGUCGUUAAGCUCGCUGGUCGGGCUCGAUGCUGCUGCUGGCUGCACUUCACCCAUCCCCCGUCUUUAUCACCAAAAACAAUGGCGGAAACCAGUUAGCCUCUUAGCUGGCCACCAACCUGUAUCGUUUAAUUUGUGGCGCAGUGUUAAAUUGUGAUCCCGCGACAUGUUAAGGUUACACAUUAUCUUCAAAAACAAGGUUAACACGAGUAGCUAGUUAACGUUAACGCGAUCACAUGACUGAUAGAUCAAAGCUAACAGUUAGCUAACGCUGGAUCCAUAAGUUACCUAGUUGAUUUACUGUCAGUUCGGCAUGUCUGUGUUUUACUAAUCCCACCAGGUGAUGAUGUGUUUUCAGGCGGUCUCUCUGUACAUGUAUAUGAGCGGGGUAUACUGAUACAUCCUGUUUGACAAGUACGGUAGUUUCUGUGCUGCAGCGAGACUAUGAGAAGACAGAGGACCGAGGUAGUGGUGGAGCUCAGAAAGAACAAAAGAGAUGAACACCUUCUGAAGAGGAGAAAUGUGCCCCACGAGGACAUCUGUGAGGACUCUGAUGUCGACGGAGAUUUCAGAUCGCAAAACACCUCUCUUGAAGCAAUAGUACAAAACGCCACCAGUGAUAACCAGGGAGUCCAGCUGAGUGCCGUUCAGGCUGCCAGGAAGUUGUUGUCCAGUGACCGUAACCCUCCCAUAGAUGACCUGAUUAAGUCUGGGAUCCUUCCUAUACUGGUCCACUGCCUGGACAGAGAUGACAACCCAUCUCUUCAGUUCGAGGCAGCCUGGGCUCUAACCAACAUAGCGUCGGGUACCUCAGAGCAGACCCAAGCCGUGGUGCAGUCCAAUGCUGUGCCGCUGUUCCUGAGGCUGCUUCACUCUCCUCAUCAGAAUGUGUGCGAACAGGCUGUCUGGGCUUUGGGCAACAUCAUAGGUGAUGGCCCUCAGUGCAGAGACUAUGUGAUCAGCUUGGGUGUGGUCAAGCCCCUGCUCUCUUUCAUCAGUCCCUCCAUCCCCAUCACCUUCCUCCGCAAUGUCACCUGGGUUAUGGUCAACCUGUGCCGCCACAAGGACCCCCCACCACCCAUGGAGACGAUCCAAGAGAUCCUGCCUGCUCUCUGCGUGCUGAUCCACCACACUGAUGUCAGUAUCUUGGUAGACACAGUGUGGGCUCUGUCCUAUCUGACGGACGCUGGGAACGAGCAGAUCCAAAUGGUCAUCGACUCUGGCAUCGUCCCUCAUCUGGUGCCUUUGCUCAGUCACCAGGAAGUCAAAGUUCAGACUGCUGCCCUGAGGGCCGUGGGGAACAUAGUGACUGGCACAGAUGAACAGACGCAGGUGGUGCUCAACUGUGACGCCCUCAGCCACUUCCCCGCCCUCCUCACACACCCGAAGGAGAAAAUCAACAAGGAGGCAGUGUGGUUCCUGUCCAACAUCACAGCAGGCAACCAGCAGCAGGUGCAGGCUGUUAUCGACGCCAAGCUAGUUCCCAUGAUCAUUCACCUGCUCGACAAGGGCGACUUUGGCACUCAGAAGGAAGCAGCCUGGGCCAUCAGCAAUCUGACAAUAAGUGGGAGGAAAGAUCAGGUGGCACAUCUGAUUGAGAAACAGGUGAUCCCUCCGUUCUGCAACCUGCUGACAGUGAAGGACGCCCAAGUCGUGCAGGUCGUUCUGGACGGCCUCAGCAAUAUCCUCAAGAUGGCUGACGAUGAGGCUGAAACUAUUGCUAACCUCAUUGAGGAGUGCGGAGGUUUGGAGAAAGUGGAGCAACUGCAGAAUCAUGAAAAUGAAGAUAUCUACAAAUUGGCAUACGAAAUUAUUGAUCAAUUCUUCUCAUCUGAUGAUAUUGACGAAGACACCAGCCUGGUCCCAGAGGCCAUCCAGGGUGGAACUUACGGCUUUAACUCAGCCAACGUGCCAGCCGAGGGAUUCCAGUUCUAGACGGCAUCUGGGGUAUUCUGGAGUUUUGUUCACGAUGCAGCACUCUGUUCAACAUAAAAAAAUUAGGAGAGAAAGAGCGAGAGAGAGCGAGAGUGUGAGAAAUUUGAUCCAUUGUGCUUGGCUCGUGGGAUCCAUGGCUGCAUCUUAUCUGAGAGAAAAAUGUGUGGAUUUCAUUUGGCAUUCCAGGGGAACCAGCCCAAAUGAAGUUUGAGAUGGCGAGUGGGUGCGAGUGAGAAUGAGUGGCUACAUGUUGCAAAAAAAGCAAAACAUCUACAUCGAAUGCGUUGAGAGACAUGCCGACAUAACUUCUGUGUUAUUGGAGCUGUCGUCUUCAGAAAACUACUUCAAAUGACAACAAAAAACUCGAUGUCUGCCCGGGGAGAACCAAGGACAUCCAAAAAUAACAAAUCAAGAGAUCUUGAAAUAUUUCAAUACAACAAAAUGCAGAAAUGAAUAGAACUAUAAUUAUGAACUGAGAUGAACCACAAACCAUCACAAUUCUGCGGUCCUCCGACUAGAGAGGGCGCCACCCUCAAUGUGCCCCUCCCCCAAUCGGCCACGCUAUCAGACAUGUGUGUGAAUGGACCCAUUGUGUAUGAAUGUCUGGACUCAGUGCUGAGGAGCCAGGUUCAUCUCCUCCAACGAGACGCCCCGAUGGGGCACCAUCCUCUCCCCCUGGCGGGCGAGGCCAGGAGUCCGGCUGCGCGUGACGCAUGUGCGAGAGAAUGGAUGGAUGAGUUGUGUGUGCUUGGCUGCGUGCGUGACUGGGAGUAUGCAAGACUGGGUGAGAACGCAUGCAGAGACGGGAAAAAGAUACCAAUACAACAUCUGAAGAGAAACAAAAUUGAGAAACGCAACAAUGAGGUUAGAAAAAGGUUUCAGGAAAGAAAUUCUGCCUUUGAAAGAGAGGCUGAUCCUCAAAUCCCUGAACGGAAGAACUUUGGAUAUGAAAAAAAAAAAAAAUCAUCGUCAUCGCAAGGAUUAUUUUUUGUUUUCAAUUAUUGUUAAGUUAGUAUUAAUUGACACUGGACAAUGCUAUUGGCAGGCGUGGAGCAGCAGUGCAUUGUAUUAAGAUGCAUUUGGUGGCUUUUGGGCUUUUCUUUUUGCCUCCAGUGUGUUCCUUUUUAUGAUAUUUUUUAUUUUCAGCUUUUAGUUUCAUUGCUUCUGUAAAGGUGAUUGACGACGAUCGUAUUCCACCCUCACACCAGAACCCUAACCUACGCACCAGACAUGGGCUUGAUGCUGUGAAAUUCUGACACCAUCACUAUAAUCAACCAAAUGACCUGUUCCCCUUGCUAUUAUUUUUCCUUCAAUUACAGCAAAAUCACUGCUUUGCAGUAUUGUUGCCAUAGCUUUGACUUAUCACCAAGGGAGAAGAGAACAAUGGCCAUUUCACGUAGGAUUGUGAAUCAUAACCUUUGCAUGUACUAAACUAUAGCACAGUUACUUUUUAGGGUAUUUUAGUUUCCUUAGGCUGUGGAUACAGUGUAAUUUUCAUUUUAAGUAAAACUGUGCUUUAAUGUUACAUGUUCCCCCUUCCCUUACCCCUCACUAGUGUCCGAUUUGCUAAAUAAUCUGUAUGGUUUUGCACAUGUACUGCAAAGUGAGGCCUGAAGUCUUUCUGAAGGUGUGUUGGUCGGUUUUAUAGGUUCGACCUGCCAACAACCUCUCCAAUAUGCAUCACUCAACCACAAUCUUUGUUGUCUUUCUAGAGUAAUCCAAUGAUGCUUUUUAGUGAUACUUGAGAAAAUAAUGAGUUUAUUUCAGGAGCAGCAGUAAUGAAUCUGCUAAUGUAUCUCAGCUAGACUAAGAGGAGAUCUAACCUCCCUUUUCUCAAGGUCAAAGGGCAUCCCACAUGUCAGACUGGAGUUAAAUUUAGUGGGUUCUCUGAAAAAUAAACCCAUGAACAAGUUUGCUGUACCUUUUAGUACCUUGCAGAGUCCUUAGCCCCAUACUCCUAUUUCCUCUUAUACCAGCUAGGUGUACAAGCUUACCCUUUCCCUUUUUUUUUUUUUUGUGUUAACUUCAAGACACUGUAGUAAAUAAUUACACAUUGUGCUCAUAAACCUUCUGUUGAACAUAGGGUUUUUUUUUUCUUUUUGCAGCAUUCCUUGUUAGCAAAGAUGUGGUUUCAAAUUUAAAAUUAUGACAUGGAAGAGAAAAAAGGUGGUUUGCCCAAAAGCCUUUUUGGGAGAUAGGCUACAGGAUAGGUUGUCUUCGAGAAAAUAAAUAGUGAAACCCAAAUCGA